AUGGGCCUUUUCGGCCACAUGCGCAUCCACGAGAGCGGCCUUGACCGCACUCCCGACACACCCACCACAUCCAACACAUCCACCGUGCACACCCCCACCCUCGUUCCAUCCGUCCGCGCCACCACCACCACCGCCUCCUCUGUAGCUGACACUGACACCGCCGACUUCUCUUGCCCACACUGUCCACGCACAUUCACCUCACGCAUCGGCCUGGUCGGUCACUUGCGAAUCCAUCGCACAGAGACUGGCGACCCAGUGCCUGGAGCACCCACCUAUACCCAACAAGCUCUUCUCAACUGCCCACACUGCCCUCACACUUUCGGGCAUUGCAUGGGCCUAUUCGGCCACAUGCGCAUCCACGACGACCUGCGGUCGACAACCGCCGGUUACACCACACAUCCACACACUCACUACCUCCUCCACCACCACCAUCACCCCACCAGAAAUCAACACUCACACACCUCAUGCACCCAACUGCCACCUCCCACGCAAGUGGGAAGUCCGCAUCUCGACUCGGUCCCCAUUCGGCUUCGGCUGCACGGGUGA